AUGCGUUUCCGGCGCUUCCGCUCGCGGUGGGUUGCACUGCUUCUGGGGCCCUGCUUCGUGGGCGGCCGCUUCCGCCCCGCGGGCCUUAGCCCGGGACGGGCUUGGCAAGCCUCUCGGCACAUCCUCAAUGCGGAGGACGAGCAUCGCCCGCCGAGCACAAGCUCGUGGAUUUUGCCCUUGUUGGCAGCAGUGGUCCUGUUUGCAGCUUGGCGGUUCUCCGAUAGCGUUUACUUCUACGUCACGCGCACCACCACCACGGAGAGUGAGGAAGUGGGGCGCGCCGACUUCCGACAGUCCCGCGACAUCGUGACCAACUUGCCCGAUCGCUACCUCAGUGGUGAGGAGCCCAGCGUCAAGCAGGCGCCCUUCUUCGAGGCUCAGGUGGAGUUGGACCCCUCGAAGUUUCUGGACCCCAUCAUCUCGUCGAAGUGGUUCGACUUGGUCUUGGACUCGGGGAUCCUGAACAUUUUCUUGAAGUAG